AUGACUAAAGUUUAUCAAUUGAAAAAUGUUCCAUCAAAUGAGGUUGAUUUGCCCGUUGUUUUAACAAUUGCUGGUAGUGAUUCUUCAGGUGGGGCAGGAAUUGAAGCUGAUUUGAAAACAUUUAGUGCGUUUGGUGUUUAUGGUAUGACUUGUAUAACAGCAUUGACAGCGCAAAAUACUAAAGGUGUUAAAACAUUUGAAAAGACAAGUUCUGAAUUGAUUAAACAAGUUUUGAAUGCAAAUUUAGAUGAUUUCUUAUAUAAUUAUACUGGAACAGCACCAUUAAAGGUUAUUAAAACUGGGAUGUUGACCAAAGAAGCAAUCAAAGAAUUUAGUUAUCAACUACCAAAAUUAAAAGAGCAUAAAGUAAAAAUAGUCAUUGAUCCUGUAAUGGUUAGUACAUCUGGUUCGAAAUUAAUCGAUGAGGAAGGAAUGAGCUUAUGUGUUGAUCAUUUGAUCAAAGAUGUCUUUUUGAUUACCCCAAACUAUCCAGAAGCUCAGGAAUUGUACAAUAUAAAAGAAGGUAAAGAAUAUGAAGAAGUGCAAUCAUUAGAAGAUUUCAAGAAUUUGGCAAAGCUGUUGCAACAAUCAUUACAAUGCAAAAAUAUUUUGGUAAAAGGGGGUCAUAUUCCUUUUGAUGCGAAUAAUAAUGUUGCAACUAGUAAUUCAUCUAAAAUCAUUGAUGUUUUGUACCAAAGUGAGCUUGAUGACUGGGUUAUUUUCGAAUCUGAAUUUAUCGAUUCAAAGGAUAAUCAUGGUAGUGGCUGUACUUUAGCUUCAGCAAUCGCAGCUAAUUUAGCCAAAGGUAAAGAAUUAGAUGAUUCAAUUAUACUAUCAAUUGAUUUUAUACAUAAAGGUAUGUCAACUUUGCAAAGAAAAUUAGGAUUUGGUAAUGGACCUUUAAAUCAUUUUGCAAAACCUGCUGCUUCAAUUAGUUCUGUAUUGAACGGAUCAUAUAACGAAGUAAAGAAACUUUUAUCACAACAUGAUAGUUUUUAUCAUUUUUUGACUACUCAUCCAAGUGUUAAAGAUAAUUGGACUAAGUAUGUAAAUCAUCCAUUUGUAAAAGCAAUUGCUGAAAACACUCUACAAUUUGACAAGUUUUUAUACUUUUUAAAACAAGAUUAUCAUUAUUUAAUUAAUUAUGCUCAAAUUCAUGGAUUGGCUGCAUCCACAGCCCCAAAUUAUAAACAAACUCAUGCACAAGCUACAAUCAUUGGUGAAAUAGUAACAGAAAUUGAAAAGCAUAAAGAAAAGUUGAUGAAAAACUACAAUAUUGAUUAUGUGAAGGAUUAUGAAAUCGAUUCGGGGUUGAAACCUGGCAAAGCAUGUCAAGAUUAUUGUGAUUAUUUGCUCAGAAUUGGUAAAAAAGAGAAUUUUUUAGGUAUAAAAGUUGCUGUUGCUCCAUGUCUACAUGGAUAUGCUGAAGCUGGUACAUAUGGCCAAUCUAUAAGAAAAGACACUGAAGUUUUAGGAGUGGUGACUGAAGAUCAAGCUAAAAUUUAUCAAACAUGGUUGGAUGAUUAUACUUCUGACUGGUAUACAAAUGCUGAUAAAGAAGGUAAAAAUGCAUUGGAAUCGUUAAUUAAUGAUAAUGAACUUAAUAUUAAAAGAGUUGAUGAGUUGGUGGAUAUGUUUAAUCAAGUUGUUUUAUUAGAAAUUGAAUUUUGGAAUGAAUGUUUAAAUCUAUAG